AUGGAGUAUUGCCAUGCCAAAGACUGGUCCGACGAGCGGGAUGCCGCCAACCCUCGCAAUUGGUCGACUCGUGAAAAAGUGUUAUCAACUCUCGCCUUCACGUUCCUGGCUUUCGUGAGCACGAUGGCAGCAUCAAUCUAUAGCCCGGGCUCCUCGGCCGUGAUGACUGAGUUUGGCAUAACCGACGAACUCUCCAUCUUGCCCAUCUCGAUUUACAAUCUUGGCCUCGCCUUCGGACCUCUCAUUGGUGCUCCGCUGAGCGAGACAUCUGGUCGAAAGGCGGUCAUAUUGCUGACCACACCCGCAUUCGCCCUCUUUACGCUCGGUGCGGGCUUGUCGAGAUCCUUGGGUACUCUAGUCAUCUGUCGGUUCUUCGCGGGAGUCUUCGCCGCGCCGGCCAUCAGCAAUGCCUCGGCCACAAUCACAGACUACACCGCCCGGAGGCAUCGCGGUUUCAUGCUCACGUUCUAUUACGCCAUUCCGACCUUCGGAGCCAUGCUGGGUCCGCUUUUGGGCGGGUUUGUGGUCCUCGCGAAGGGCUGGCGUUGGACCCAAUGGACGAUCAUCUUCUUCAUCGUCGCGGCUUAUGUGCCGGUGAUCUUCACACGGGAGACGUACAAGAAGACCAUCCUCCAGCGUCGCGCAAGAAAGUGGAACAUCGAAGGACCCCCGACUCCGCAACGCACUCGGAUAGAAAGUGUCAAGCAUUUCACCACGAUCUUGCUCGUUCGGCCAGUCCACAUGCUGCUGACCGAGCCGGUCGUCACGUUCGUCUGUUUGUAUUGUGGGUUCCUUUUCGGGUUGAUGUAUGUCUUCAUUGUAGCGUCGCCAUGGGUGUAUGUGGAAUACUACGGGUUCGGCACCGUGGGACAGAGCUUGUCGUUUCUCGGCCUUAUCUGCGGAACGCUGUUCGCGGUCAUCCCGCUCAUCACUGCAGACACACUUCUAUAUCAGCCAAAGCUGGCCAAGAGCACUGCUGGAGGUGCACCGGAUGCACCGAGUCUUUCCAAGUACCGUCUCUAUAUGGCGAUGCUGGCAUCGCCGCUAUUACCAUCGUUUCUGUUGCUCUUCGCCUGGACGGCCCGCCCAUCGGUACAUUGGAUUUGUCCCAUCAUAUUCCAAGGGUGUGCGAUGUCGUCCUCGUCCAUGAUCUACACGACAACGAAUCUAUUCAUGAUGGAUACGUAUGGCCCUUUAUUUGGUGCAUCGGCGGCAGCAGCGGCAAUGCUUACUCGAUAUGCACUGAGCACGGUGUUCCCGCUGUUUUCAUUACGGAUGUACCAGUCAUUGGGUGUCGGGUGGGCUUCGACGAUCCUUGCGGGCCUGGCGCUACUCAUGGCGCCGAUCCCGUGGGUUCUGUAUUGGCGAGCGGACAAAAUCACGCAAAAGAUCAAGUACGAAGUCAGUAAUUGA